GCCGACUUCAGCUUGUCAUUCGACUCCUCAACCCACAGGCUGCAGUGGCGAAAGUGCAGGCGGGCAGGACUCCGCGUUCUUUCUCGCUUUUUCUCUGCUGAGAGUUUGCCUGACUCGGCCUCAGCAGACUUGUUCUCCUUGUCUCUCCUCUGGAGUUCUCGCUGGAUACCUGGGCAGGCCCUGGAAGUGAUCCCUCACACUGGUGCUGGAAUGUGCUUUUAGAAAAGGGGGGGAAACUCUCCUCUCUGUUGUUGUUUUUCUCUCUUCCUCUCUCUUUCCCUUUCUCUCCCUCUCUCCUUGGGCUCCCUCUCAAGCUUCCUGCCAGGCAGUCAGAAGCUGGAUACACUUGUGUAACAUUCCUGGAUUACAGUGCCUUUUUUUUUUUUUUUCCUUCUUCUGUUUUUGCGUUAAUCUUUGCGGUUCUCCACCCCUUCUUGUGCUUUUUCCUGGGCUGCGUUCUAAAGAGGAUUUUUUUUGGUGAACAGUCACAGGAUUUUGUGUGUGUGUGCCUCUAAGUGGCCAGGCCUAUGUCCAUCCUUUGACCUUCAUGUCCAGGAGGUGUUUGGGAGUGGACGUACAAGAACCACUGGAGCGGUAUUUUCAUCUGGCCUAGGGUUGAGAGAGAGAGAGAGAGAGAGCGAGAGAGGGAGGGAGGGAGAGAGGGAGAGCGCAGUUCAGAGACCAGACUGAAGGGGCCCUCUGUUAUGGGCUGUUUUGUUUCUAUGGAAAAAGCGCAAUGAAGAGUUCCUCUGCUCCCCAUGUCGCCCACAGUUAGGCUGCAGCCCGUGUACUCAUGGAAGGGGGUGCUCAAGCUCUUCACGUGCAUAGCUGCCCGAACAGCCAGCAAGCCUAAAGAGGUCCACACAUUUCAAGAGAAGAAGAUCGCCUUACUUGGGAAUCAUAUGGACGAAGAAAUGAGUCGCCAGACCGCCACAGCGCUGCCUACAGGAACCUCCAAGUGUGCCCCUUCUCAGCGCGUCCCCACCCUGUCGGGCACCACAGCCUCCAACAGUGACCUGGCCAGCCUGUUUGAGUGCCCUGUCUGCUUUGACUAUGUGCUGCCCCCUAUCCUACAGUGCCAGAGCGGCCACCUGGUGUGCAGCAACUGCCGGCCCAAGCUCACCUGCUGCCCCACCUGCAGAGGCCCUUUGGGCUCCAUUCGUAACCUGGCCAUGGAGAAGGUAGCCAACUCGGUGCUGUUCCCUUGCAAGUACGCCUCGUCAGGCUGCGAGGUCACCCUCCCUCACACGGACAAGGCGGAGCAUGAGGAGCUGUGCGAGUUCCGACCGUACUCAUGCCCCUGCCCUGGCGCCUCCUGCAAGUGGCAGGGCUCGCUGGACGCAGUCAUGCCCCACCUUCUGCACCAGCACAAAUCCAUCACCACGCUGCAAGGCGAGGACAUCGUCUUCCUGGCCACAGACAUCAACUUGCCCGGGGCCGUGGACUGGGUCAUGAUGCAGUCCUGUUUUGGCUUCCACUUCAUGCUGGUGCUGGAAAAGCAGGAAAAGUAUGACGGCCAUCAGCAGUUCUUUGCCAUUGUGCAGCUGAUUGGCACAAGAAAGCAGGCAGAGAACUUUGCCUAUAGAUUGGAGCUGAACGGGCACAGGCGGCGGCUCACUUGGGAGGCCACACCACGCUCCAUCCAUGAGGGCAUCGCCACCGCCAUCAUGAACAGUGACUGCCUGGUAUUUGACACCUCUAUUGCCCAGCUGUUUGCCGAGAAUGGCAACCUGGGCAUUAAUGUCACCAUAUCUAUGUGCUGAGGACUGUCACAGACACACGCACACCUAGGCAUAAGCAUACUCUCAAACAUUUCACACCACGGGACACCUUGAGUUGUACUUUGGGGAGGGGGGAGGGGGGGGGACGAUAUCUGACCGAGGGAACCUUCGCUGUUGUACGUUCCAAGUAACUGAUAGAACUGACAUUUCAUCAGUUGGAGCUUGGCACGUCCAACCGGACAUUAUUCCUGGGUUUUCAAUUUUAUGCUACAAUAUUAUUGUCGUUAUUAUUAUUAUUAUUAUUAUUAUUAUUAUUAUUAUUAUUAUUAUAUAAGUUAAAAGAUAAAGUAAUGUAUUCUGCAUUUUUGAGAGCAAAUGACCUUGAAGAUGGAGAAAAGGGCCUUGUGAAGCGGAUUUUCGCACGUGGCUUUGUUCGUGAAGAUGGGUGAAGGAAUGGUGCAGUAGGAUGGAGAGUUGGGUUUUGCGAUAGCCUCUUGGGUGGGGUUUGCUCGAAAGAUUACAAAUCAUCCCUAGAUUUUGAUGUUACUCCUCCCCUUUACCCCCCUCUCCCCCCAUCCCCCCUCCCCCGGGUGGAUUUUUAGUUCAAAUGAAACACUAACUUUUUAAGUUGUUUCCACUGUUGUAGAUUUUAUUAAAGUUUUGUUAUUCCUUCUUCCGACUCCCACCGCCACCCUUGGAAAAGAUGCUGGUACUCCAUGCAUGAUCACUGACUGAGACUUGACGCAUCCAGAUUUCAUCUGAGAAUCUGAGUCGUUUUAAUAUAAAUUAACUGCAGUGUUUCCAAGGGGGUUUUUCCUCCGUAGGAGGGGAUGUUGAGGGACAGAUUCUGUAUGGACCUGAUGUCACCACAUCAGGCUUGAAGUCCUCACAUAAUGCCCCAUCCCUCUUAGAUGUCAAGCUUCUUCUCCGUUAGCCUACUUUUUUCUGAACAGGUGCUACUUGACAGCAGACUUGCGCCUGUGAAUGUUGAGUCAUUUGAUUGAAAACAGUUAACAGAACGGAUUCUGCUUCCAUUGUGCAGCGAGCAUGAGGCCAUUGUAAGGUAUACAAAUAUGUUGUCUCAGUCUUCGUCUGGAAAUAGUGAUCUAGUGAUCUCUUCAAAUGCAGGGGACAAGGCUGUACUGAAUAUCAGACCAGAAACGAGGGCAAUUUCUACAGUUAUUAUUGAGAUUAUUGUUAUCAUUUUGUAAUGACUUACGAGAAAAAGGAAUGAAAAGGCUGUUGUAACAUUGUGGCUAAUCUUCAGUGUUUGUAUAUAGUGUUGUUCUUCAGAAGACCUCAUGUCUUUUGUUCUCUUUUUGUAAGUACAGAAUUUUUUUUUUCCCCGUAUGUCUGUCUUUCUGUUUUUGUGAGGAGUGGCCGAAGCAAAAGCCAAACAUCUCUGUGGAUACAUUGUACUGUUGCUGGUCCUGAUCUGUUUUUAUUUUGUUUUAAUGUUUGUUUUUGUUUUGUUCUAUUUUGCCAUUAAAUAAAUCUAUCUUUUUCAUA